UUAGUUUUUCGAUCGCCAUUUUCUUAGUGGCGUAGGUAUCGUCCAAAAUUGAUUUAGAUUUUUCUUGUUAAAUUUUUUGAUUCAGUGUUGAAUGAGUUAUGUCUAAACGACGUAUAGAAAUGAUGGAUCCCUUUAUCAAGAAAAAAAGGGAGGAAAAAGCUGCUGCGGCGGCGAAGUCGGGUAGCAGCGGGGAGUCGUCCACGGACACUGUGGCCACCAUCGGCACCAGCAUGCCGCCCACCGCCACCAGCACGCCAGGAGUCAACCCCUUCACUGGUCUGCCACACUCGCAGCGCUACCACGAGUUGCUGAGGCGGCGCCUGGGCCUCCCCGUAUGGGAGUACAAGAACGACUUCAUGCGGCUCCUAAACACGCACCAGUGCGUGGUGCUGGUCGGCGAGACGGGCUCCGGCAAGACCACACAGAUACCGCAGUGGUCGGUGGAGUUCGCGGCCGUCACCGCUGGCAAGUCCAAGGGCGUGGCCUGCACGCAGCCGAGGAGGGUCGCGGCCAUGUCUGUCGCACAGAGGGUGGCUGAGGAAAUGGACGUCGCUUUAGGACAACAAGUGGGCUACAGCAUCCGUUUCGAAGACUGCUCCGGUCCGCAGACUGUCCUGAAAUACAUGACAGACGGUAUGUUACUCCGCGAGGCCAUGUCCGACCCCAUGCUGGAACAGUACCGAGUGAUACUCCUCGACGAAGCCCACGAGAGGACGCUGGCCACAGACAUCCUGAUGGGGGUGCUGAAGGAAGUGAUAAAACAGCGAUCAGAUCUCAAACUGGUGAUCAUGUCGGCCACAUUAGAUGCUGGCAAGUUCCAACAGUACUUUGAUAAUGCACCGCUGAUGAAUGUACCAGGCCGUACCCACCCUGUUGAGAUUUUCUACACCCCGCAACCGGAGAGGGACUAUUUAGAAGCAGCAAUCAGGACCGUGAUACAAAUACACAUAUGCGAAGAGAUUGCUGGCGAUAUACUGCUGUUCCUGACGGGCCAGGAGGAGAUAGAAGAUGCGUGUAAAAGGAUAAAAAGGGAGAUAGACAAUUUGGGACCAGAUGCUGGAGAGUUGAAGUGUAUACCGCUGUAUUCUACGUUACCACCGAAUCUGCAACAGAGAAUCUUCGAGGCGGCGCCGCCGAACAAAGCCAACGGCGCCAUAGGUCGCAAAGUGGUCGUGUCCACGAACAUUGCGGAGACGUCGCUUACCAUAGAUGGCGUUGUGUUCGUCAUAGACCCGGGCUUCGCUAAACAGAAGGUGUACAACCCGCGCAUCCGCGUGGAGUCGCUGCUGGUGUCGCCCAUCAGCAAGGCGUCGGCGCAGCAGCGAGCCGGCCGCGCCGGCCGCACGCGCCCCGGCAAGUGCUUCCGCCUCUACACGGAGAAGGCCUACAGGAACGAGAUGCAGGACAACACCUACCCGGAGAUACUCAGAUCAAACUUAGGAUCUGUAGUUUUGCAGUUGAAAAAGCUGGGUAUCGACGACUUGGUGCAUUUCGACUUCAUGGACCCGCCGGCGCCCGAGACCCUGAUGCGGGCGCUCGAGCUGCUAAACUACCUGGCCGCGCUAGACGACGACGGCAACCUGACCGACCUGGGCGCGGUGAUGGCGGAGUUCCCGCUGGAUCCGCAGCUCGCCAAGAUGCUCAUCGCCAGCUGCAACCACAACUGCUCCAACGAGAUCCUCUCCAUCACCGCCAUGCUCUCAGUGCCGCAGUGCUUCGUGCGGCCGAACGAGGCCCGCAAGGCCGCGGACGAGGCCAAGAUGCGGUUCGCGCACAUCGACGGCGACCACCUCACGCUGCUCAACGUCUACCACGCCUUCAAACAGAACAUGGAGGACCCGCACUGGUGCUACGACAACUUCAUCAACUACAGGUCGCUCAAGUCCGGCGACAACGUCAGGCAGCAGCUCAGCCGGAUCAUGGACAGGUUUAAUUUAAAACGGACGAGUACGGAGUUCACCAGCAAAGACUAUUAUAUUAAUAUAAGGAAAGCGCUCGUCAACGGAUUCUUUAUGCAGGUGGCGCACCUGGAGCGGACCGGCUACUACCUGACGGUGAAGGACAACCAGGUGGUGCAGCUGCACCCGUCCACCUGCCUGGACCACAAGCCCGACUGGGUCAUAUACAACGAGUUCGUGCUCACCACCAAGAACUACAUACGCACCGUCACCGAUAUCAAACCUGAGUGGUUGCUAAAAAUAGCGCCACAGUACUACGAGCUGAACAACUUCCCGCAGUGCGAGGCGCGGAGACAGCUGGAGCUGCUGCAGGCGAGGCUCGACUCCAAGGUGUACCAGGAGGGCUUCUAGAGCCCUCGCGAGCAGCGUGACCGCCACGGUCAGGGGAUAAAGUGGACAAUCACGUGAUACACACGGAACACAGACGUGGACGCGGAUAGAUGGCGCAUACGCGCCUCGCGCGACGACUUUUAGUUUCUGUAAAGGACUUAAAUAAUUAGGAACGUUCAUAAAAAAAAAUGUGGUGAUUUCUGAACGUAGCACAUAUAGCAAUAGAUUGGUAAUAAUUAUUAACAAAAGAAGCUACAGUAGAAUCUCGAUUUACCGAAUCAAAUAAUACUAAAAGUAUUUUGCAUAAUCGAAAAUCCGGAUAAUCGAUUCGAAAGCCAAAUCGAACAAUAUAUAAUAAUUAAUUUUUUUUUAUACCACUGAGGUGGCAAACAAGUAUACGGCCCACCUGAUGGUAAGUGGUUACCGUAGCCUAUGAACGCCUACAAUACCAGAGGUAUUACGCGCGCGUUGCCGACCCUGAAGAAACCUCUUUACCCCCCUUUUGAAGAACCCCAUGCUGUAGUCUCUUGGGAAAACCUCGACAGGGAGCUCAUUCUACAACCUGAGUGUUUGUGAGAGGAAAUAUCUCUGAAACCGCGAAGUACGCGACCAUUGAGGCUGUAGGACAUGAGGAUGAACUCCCUGUCGAUGGCGAGCCGUACGAUGGUAGACAGUGGCUGGUAAAUUUUAAUAUAUUUUUCUUUUAUUAUGUAAAGGGUUUUACAUAUGUCGUUUAGACGAUACGAUAUUAAAAAAAAAAUUACGAGCUAUAAAGAUAACGGACUACAUAACACCUAUUCACUCAAUUAAUACAUAAUACUAUUUCUAAAUCGAUUAUUAGACACGAAGAAUAAGUCCGGAUAAUCGAAUAUCCGGAUAAUCGAGAUUGUACUGUGUAUUCCUUCCUGGCCCUAUAGACAAGUGGCAAGCGAAUUCGUCGAUGGAAUCGACUUCGCUGGCGAGUCCGUGAGACAGAAUGAGAUAGCAACGCCGGGUGACUCAUUCCAACUCCGGACGAGUCCGAACUCUUUUUUUUUUUUUUUUUUUUUUAUAGAACUUAGAAUGGCAAACAAGCUGACGGCCCACCUGAUGGAAAGUGGUAACCGUCGCCUAUAGACAUGAGCAGUACCAUGGACAUAACAGAGUAUACUGUUUCGCCCAUGAUACCCCCCAUGCGUUGCCAUUCCUGAGGACUCAGGUGUUAUUCCUCUGUACCCAGUAAAUUCACGCCAUAUCCCACCCUUCAAACCGAAACACAGCCAUGCAAACACAACUGCUUCACGGUUGAAACACGAAUGGGACAGAGGUACCCAAGCAAUCGACUUUUGUACAUAGUCUCCCUCUGGUCAACUCGCUAGCGAUGUCGAUUCCAUCAUCGAAUUCGCUUGCCACUUCGUCUAGAGGCCCUGUUUGUGUCUUAAUCAUAGGUUGAACUAGUAAAUUUUAGAAUUUGUCAAAUUGAGUUGGUAAAUGUGAGGACUUUAUAAAAAGAGACCGUUUGUCGGACUUCCACCAAGUCUGACCAACCUGUCGUUGUACUUUUUUUUUUUUGAUGCGUGAAAAUGGUAUAGUAACCCCGCCUGCGCUAACGGGAUACGUUGGCGGAGCACCAGUGAAGGGUGAUAGAUGAGAAUGAAAACAGGCCAGUUAGCACAUCAUGAUGAAUUCAUCAGGAAUUAACCAUGAUAGUUUCCGGGGGGAACCGCGGGGAGGUCGACCUGGUUGGGUAUAUUGCUAGCAAGUGGGAUUCUCAGUCUCCAUUACUAACAAUCCCUUUCCCCCCAAACCUGUCGCUAUACUGAAUUAUAGCAAAUUUAAAAUUUUCUAGUACAACAGUCUGUUAAUGGUGAAACUCCAAAUUUAUUGUUAAAUUCCGUAAGUACAGAACUAUUUCCGAACCGAUACGACAUCGUAACCUUCAACAAAAGAGCAUAUUCCUUUUUAAAAGGCCGCCGCAGUACAACUGCGAUGACUCUAGUGUUGCGGGUGACCAUGGGCGGCGGUGGUAACUUACUAUCAGGCGAGCCGCAUGCUCGUUUGCCUACUGUUAUAAAAAAAAAACUGAUAUAACUCGUGUGUAACAGAGUUUACUAUCAGGAAGCAGUUUUAACUGGACACGCGAAAUAAAAUUUACUCCUGUCCAUCCAAAGGUUGGCUGCAAGAGAUCACUCUUAGCGAUAAGGCCGCCCAUUGUUGUCUCACUGUGAUCAUUUCUUGUAAUUGUUUGUAUCUAUAAUAAGUUUACUAUUGUAACCUUAUGGAGGAAACAAUAGAGAGUAUCUGUGUAACUAUCUGCCCACUCGCGCCAUCUAUAUAUCUAUCUAUGUGCCCACUCGCGCCAUCUAUACACGUCUAGUCUGUGGUUCAGAGGUCGCUGUGCAAAGUAUCCGAUAGAAUGACUUAUAUCGCGUUCGAGCGCUAAGUGGUGAUGUUAGUGACAUUUUUUUUAUUGGUGGCUAGCGGCAGGCGCCGCCGCGGGCGAGACAUUGUAUGCGCACUGUUCUUCGCGAAGAAUGAACCGCAAGAUUGAAGUUUUCGGUGUUUAAUAUGUUAUUAAGUACUAGAAAAAAAAUACACUAUUUCUUCUGUAAAA